GAUAGCUUCAAGGCGUGGUGAUACGCGGCGCGACCCGAGGCCCGCCCGCCCGUACAAGAUCACUUUAAAGGCAGCGGAAAGUUUGCUUGCCACAACUUUGGCAAGCCAUUUUGAAUGCCAAGAUUUAACAAGUUUUGACCUAAAAUCUCAAAUCUUCAUAAGCUUGCCAAAUUUUGGACGGGCCAAGGUUGCCAAGCUAUCGCAUUGAAAACGGCUUGCCACGGAGCUCCUAGAUAAAACUUGCGGCCCGCCGCCGGUGCCGCAGAGCAGCAGGAGCGUCGACGGCCAUCGGGCGGGGAGCGGAGUGCACGGUGUCAUUCCCUCAUCCCACCACACUCACAAAUUGCGGCUUCUGUCACCGGACAUCAUGUUGGCUUUGGUAUUGUGGGGCUGCGCCAUUGUCAUUCUCAUCAUUCGUCAAGCGCUGCAAUUUCUCAGGCCACUCAACUUCCCACCAGGUCCUCAAUGGCUGCCUGUGCUCGGCAACUUGUUGGACCUGAAGGGCCUGGUGCGCAAGCUGGGCUCGCAGCACGCCGCUUUCGAGGCUUUGUGCGAGAAAUAUGGUACAACCACGCUGGGGUUGCGGUUGGGUGGUGACCUGCUAGUCGUGACCACAGGUUACGAAGCCGCGAUCGAAGCGCUCACAUCAGACGCCUUCCUGGGGCGCCCCGACAACUUCUUCAUGCGACUGCGCUGCAUGGGAACGCGGAAAGGCAUCACCUCUGUCGAAGGGCCGCUGUGGACAGAACAAAGGGGCUUCGCUGUGCGCCACUUCAGACAGCUUGGCUACGGAAAAGCGCACAUGGAGAAUCUCAUACUCGAAGAGCUCACCGACCUUUUGAGUGAAUUGGAACCCGCAGCUGAGCAGGGUUGGGCCGUGUGUGUUGGCCCGCUACUGCCCCGCUCCGUGCUGAACGUGCUGUGGGCGCUGACUGCUGGCACCCGUUUCCCACACGCCGACCCGCAGCUGCAGCGGGUGCUUGACCUCCUUGCACAGCGCGCCAAAGCUUUCGACAUGGCGGGCGGCAUCCUCAGCACCCUGCCCUGGCUUCGAUACCUCGCUCCGGAGCGUAGCGGGUACAACCUAAUCGCCAGGUUCAACACCUCACUCAAAGAGCUGCUAGAGGAGACGAUAGCUGCCCACCACACUAGUUACAACCCGGGCCGCACCAGGGACCUCAUCGAUGCUUACCUGCAUGAGACCAAGGCUCACCAGAAGGAGGGCAUCGAGUCCACCUUCACGGAUGACCAACUGGUGAUGGUGUGCCUUGACUUGUUUGUUGCGGGCGCACUCACCACCAGCAGCACGCUCAACUUUGCCUUGAUGGCGAUGCUAUUGCACGCCGAUGUCCAAGAAAGGUGCUUUGAAGAAAUACAAAAUAACGUAGGGGAGGGUCGCCUGCCCGCACUUCUCGACAGGGAAAAGCUGCCCUACAUUGAGGCCGUUCUGAUGGAGGUGAUGCGCUUUCAUCACAUUGCGCCCAUUAUUGGGCCCCGUCGGGCUCUCUGGGACACGAAGCUGGAUGGAUUUGACAUUCCCAAGGGCACCGUUCUCCUCAUCGACACCCACUCCAUCCACUACGACGAGAAGCACUGGACUGACCCAAGCGUGUUUCGGCCCGAGCGCUUUCUGGACGACACGGGCAAGAUCAAGCCGGACGAGAGACUGCUCAAUUUCAGCCUAGGAAAGCGACGAUGCUUCGGCGACGUGCUGGCCCGGAACUGCCUCUUCUUGUUCUUGGCGGGUCUGCUGCAGCGUUUCCGCCUUGUCGUGCCUCCGGGCGAGGCACCGCCCUCCACCGAGCCUGUGCCGGGUCUGACGCAGAGCCCGCAACCCUACCGCGUCCUCCUGUUGCCGCGAACUGCGUGUCCAGGAUCAUAGCAGAAGCCCCAAAAUCAGUAGUCGAAGACCACUACUGUCCCUCACAGUUGAAUUUCAAUAAAGUACAACG